AUGUGCAAAAAAUUCCUCUUUAUCAAUGGGAAGAAAGACGAUUGGCACACCCAAGAUGGACCACCGUAUUACUUCGAGAACAGUCAGCAGAAGUCAUCGGAUAUCUGGAAAGGAAGUCACAUACUCUGGAAACACGUUGAUCACACUGCCACCGAUUCGUUUAUGACACAUCCCACAGAUCCUCUCCUCCGUGAUGGUGACGUGCCGGGAUCGCGCAGAUUUGCCGUCCGUCCCCUCGCCAACCAAGAGUUGGGCCUGGGUCUUGAUAUUCUGCGACUUCUGCAGGCUGGCCACAAUCCGCGACUCGCUGAGCAUCGAAUUGGCCGCGCGCAUGCGACCGCGGAAAUAGAAUUCCAGAUCUUUGACCGGGAGAGUCUCGGGGAUCAGUUCUAA